GCUGUCUUUAACUGUAAUCGGGAUGUGAGCGCGAGAGAGAGAGACGGAAUCUGCUAGAAAGGGACAGCAGCUAAAUGCGGACAUAAAUAUAGAUCCAGGUUGUCCUUAUGGGAAGGUGUAGAGACAGCUAACCUGGGAGAGAGAGCUGCUGGUGAGAGGAAAAGGUUGGACCUGAUCACUGUGACCACUCAGUCUUCUUUAUCCAAGCAUAAGGGAUUAGAGUCUAGAAAUCCGCACAAGCAACAGAGCCAACCAUGAGCACUCACGACUCGGAGGCGUACACGGUGGCGCCGGAGAUGCCGGCCAUGUUCGACGGGAUGAAGCUGGCGGCCGUCGCCACCGUGCUCUACAUCAUCGUCCGGUGCCUGAAUCUGAAAAGCCCCACCGCACCCCCGGACAUCACGUGCCAGGACACGCCGCUCAACCGCUUCCUGCUUAAAUCCUGCCCCCUUCUGACCAAAGAAUACAUUCCUCCACUGUUGUGGGGGAAAAGUGGCCAUUUACAGACCGCUCUGUACGGAAAGCUGGGCCGCGUGAGUUCACCGCACCCAACCGGCCUGCGCAAGUAUCUGCCCAUGCAGGAUGGCGCCACAGCGACCUUUGAUCUCUUCGAACCUCUGGCAGAUCAUCAGAGCGGAGCGGACAUCACCAUGGUUAUCUGCCCGGGCAUCGGGAACCACAGCGAGAAGCACUACAUCCGCACCUUUGUGGAUUACUCGCAGAAGCAAGGCUACCGCUGCGCCGUGCUCAACCACCUCGGGGCCUUGCCCAACAUCGAGCUCACUUCCCCCCGCAUGUUCACCUAUGGCUGUACAUGGGAGUUUGCAGCCAUGGUGGGCUACAUAAAGAAGACCUAUCCCCAGAGCCAGCUCAUCGUGGUGGGCUUCAGUCUCGGUGGCAACAUCGUCUGCAAAUUCCUGGGGGAGAACCAUGCCAAUCAGGAGCGUGUGCUGUGCUGCGUGAGCGUGUGCCAGGGCUACAGCGCACUCAGGGCUCAGGAGACCUUUCUGCAGUGGGACCAGUGCCGGCGCUUCUAUAACUUCCUCAUGGCUGACAACAUGAAGAAGAUCAUUCUGUCACACAGGGGCAGUCUGUUUGGAGGAGGCUCUCCUAAGAUGGUAGACGCAGAUCUGAGACGCCUUUUCACUGCCACCUCUCUCAUGCAGAUCGAUGACAACAUCAUGAGAAAAUUCCAUGGGCACAAUUCAUUAAAAGAGUACUAUGAGAAGGAGAGCUGUGUGCACUACAUUCACAAUGUGAAUGUUCCACUCUUACUGGUGAACUCCGCUGAUGACCCUCUCGUACACCAGUCUCUUCUCACCAUCCCGCGCACACUCGCAGAAAAGAAAGAGAAUGUGAUCUUUGCCUUGACGCUGCACGGCGGCCACCUGGGCUUCUUCGAGGGUGCUGUUCUCUUUCCGCAGCCUCUCACCUGGAUGGAUAAGGUCAUUGUGGCGUACACCAAUGCCCUCUGCCAGUGGCAGAAGCAGAAGCCAGCAUGCCAAAGCCAGGAUGCCCAAGCCUCAGGGGGCACGUGCUUGAACACUACUUCCUAAGCUUUGACCUCUGCCCUCUGUCGAUUCAUGCCCAUACGCCACCAAACCACUCAGACCUUUCUGACCGGUCUCAUCUUAUCUUACACACCAAAAAAAGCAUCUUGAUGAUCAGUGGUAGAGAAAAUGUUUCAUAUUUCGGGAUCGCUCACAUGUAUAUGGGCACAAAGACGUUAGAGAGGAUGAUGUGAGGGCAGCGGUAUGCGUAUACCAUAUUUUCUGGACUUAAAGAUGCUAUGACUUAAUACAGUGACGCUAAUUAUAAGUACAUUUGUUCGUGUUUUUAUGGAAAGGAACACAAAUCUUAGUUUGGCACUAACAUAACGGAAAUAAGCUUUCAGCACCAAUAUGUGUGGCCUGAGAAAAGUCUACCUGGUGAAAUUUUGACCUUUUAGACUAUAUAUAGCUCUGAAAGCUACAGACUUUCCUGAGCUAUAUAUAGAGCUAUAGAAUUUUAAAAUCAGGUUACCCCCAAAAGUGAAAAAUUGCAUUUAAAGAUCCAAUUCAGACUAUGGUGUAGGAGCAUCGCGGACAUUUUGGCAACCGUUAUUUGAGCACAAAUUGAAUUGAUUAAGCUUAUGUCCAUUUUGCUACAGCUAUCCAAGAGCUUUAUUAAAGCGUAACAUUCACCAUGUGACUUCUUGAUAAGGAUGGACUUACAGACAGAACCAGUUAGCUAGGUUACACUAAUGGCGUCUCUAAAGUGCCAUUUUGGAGGCUGUAAAAACAUUUAAAAAAUGCCUGCUGCAUUAAGCCAACUUACACAGUGAGUUGAAUUUCCACACAGACUUGCGUCUUACAUGCCGAAGCAACUUAAUGUCUGGAAAAUAUGGUACACGUUGUCGUAUAGUUUAAAUAUGUCAAUAAAUGCACUGGCCCUAGUGUGUGUAAAAGAAGUUAGCUUGCAGCUGCUAGAGUGGAAAGACUUCAGCACAAACAGCUACUGUAGACUGACGCUGCACUACCACACUGUACGUAACACUGAGGGAACGGGCUGUUAUGCAGGCACUGUGUGCUUAUAGCGAGGACAGGCAUGCUGCUGGUGCCUCUUCUGUGCUGUUAAACCUGCUCACUGGUCUGUCGAUGUCUUAGACCCAGUCAGCACUUGUGUUAAUUCAGUUCAUUAAACUGUAUUAUUCAUUCUGGGGUUAAAAAAAAAGGACUCCAACGUGAUCCACCACAGCUUAAAGGCUCUUUUUUUUUUAAGCACUUUAUAUUAUUUUUGCCAUAAUAUUCAUUGGGUAGUUAGAGGAAGGUUGAGGUUGCAAGCAGAGACUAGAUCAUACAAUGCAACAAGAGGGAGAGAUGUCCAAACUCUUUAGCUCAGUGACUCUAUGAUCUCUCCUGUUCACCAAAGCCUGACAUUCAUCAAAACGUUCUGUCAGAUCUCUAAGCUUUGCUGUGAUGCUGUUCAGAAUGCAGGGGUUUGGUUGGAGUUAGGAUCAGAGUAGGAGAUCCAGCAGGAGACUGUUCGUGUCUGUGAAAGCUGGUUCAUUGCGGGCAUGCGUUUCAUUUUUCAUUUGUGCUUCGUGACUAGUCUUUAUGAUUGUGUUCAUUCUAAUUUGUAAAGGGAACAGAAUCUGAACAUCGAGCAGAUUACUGAAACUUCUUGUUCCAGGUCUUUAGAGUAACUGCAUGUUCUUGAAUAGUUGGAAUAGAAUGGAAGCAGAAAAAAUGGCAUCUAGUUUCACGGGAAGGUGAGGGGGAAAUAAAAGCUCUUCCAGUCUCAUCAUUUUUUUAAAGAAAUAGUUUAGUUGAAAUUAAAAUUUGCACGAUUUUCCUGCAAUCCCAAAUGUAGACCAAGGCAUGUUUAGUGCCUAAAGCUCACUUCGUUAGACUUGUGAUGGAGCUAUUGUACUACUGUUGCUAACAAUUAAAAGAAGGGUGCUUAUAGCUACCAGUAUAACUUUGUGCAUAUCUAAUCCAUGUUAAGCAUUUCACAGCUCCCGUGUCCUUGGUUCAAUCCUGAGUUUCACAUGUUCUCCUUAAGUCCAUUUGAUUAUUCCAAAUUGCCCCUAGGUGUGAAUGUGUGUGCGUGCGCGUGCGCAUGGAGCCCUACGAUUGGACUGGCAUCCCAUCCAGGGUGUAUUUCCAGCUCAUCCCCAGUGUUCCGGAUCUACUAAAUCCCUAACCAGAAUAAAACGCUUCCUGAAGGUGAAUGAAUGAAUAAAUAAAUGUCCAAAUCAUCAGACACUUGCCUUAAACAAUCAUUUGGCUAAAGUACCUGUUAAGUACUAAGUUAACUUAUUGUACUUUAAGUUACAAUUUAACUGUGUUAUCAUCUGAAUCACUACUAACUUGCUGAGGAAGAAAGUGACAUCUCCAGCAUGCACACUGAUAAACUGCUAGUUGUAAGUUUCCAUUAGUUGUUAGCAAUAUUAUUCAUAUUUACUGAGUGCAGUUGGAUGAGAUUGAGUUACUGGAGAUGGUACAUAGUGUCAUUUUGCCUUUUAUUUCUCCCUCUCUGUCAGUCUUGAAGUUAGUCAGGAUGAGAGGACUGUUCCAUCGUUCUGAAAGAGGGUGAAGUUACAUGUUAAGUAGAAGGACAAGUUGUUCUCCAGUCAGUAGAGCACAGAUGCCACCUGCUGGUCUUCUGGUGUUUUUUUUUUGUUUUUUUUUGGCUUUGGUGAACCUGCGUAUACACCAAACGUCCUGGGUGUUUUCCAGGGACGGAUUUAGUGAUUUUGGGGCACUAGGCAAAAUAAAUGAAUGGGGUCCUAUUCAACUGUAUUAUAUUAUUGAUAUUUAAAUUUUCAGCAUAUGCUAUUUAGCAUUAAUAAUUAAAAAUAUAUAUAAUUUGCAUUUUUAGGGGCCCUUGGCUUCUGGGGGCCCAAGGCGGUUGUGUAACUUUGCCUAAUGCUAAGUCCGCCCCUGGUGUUUCUAGUAUUAAUAUGUGGUUCGGACCACGAGCUCAAAUCUCAUGCAGUAAGAAAAAAAAUGCUUCUGAUCGCUCUUCUCUCAGAUCUUCUAUUGGGAGGAUAUUGAUCAGGGUGAAUCAGUUUGUUCAUUCAGUAUUGAAGUACACCAAGAGAUCUGAGCUAUCAGAGAACACCAGCAUCAUUCCAGUCACCGUCAAGUGAUGCACGGCCUUCUGCCUUUCUGAAUGUUUCUCACCUUUUUUUUGCACAAGAAAUGCAGGUUUGAGAUGCAUCUCUUUUGAUUUUCAAGGUUAAUUUUUGUUCUUGUAUUUUAUACAUAUAUAUUUGUCUCUCUUGCUGUUGGUUAUUUACUCAUUUGUUUUGGAAUAUGAUGUACAUGAAUGACCGUUGGUGUGUGUUGAUCAUCAGCACGUUUGAUUCUGAAAACCAAAACCAGAAAAAAAAUGUAAAGAAACAUGGUGAGCAGAGAUUCUGUAGUUUCUGUAACAGUGUGAUUGUUUUUUUUUUUUUUUUUUCAUCAUUCCCUGUCUGAGGUUUGUUAUUUCUUCAUGCCAAACUGAGGGGCCUAGUCCAGAAAAAUAAGAAGCGUGUCAAAUUAGGAGUGUGAAAUCACAUUCCUGCUGUUCUUACAAAGUGCAGCCUGCAAUCAUUUACAGCAUUGAAAGAGCAUUUGUUGUUUUGAUAUUUGAUCAUAUUUAUAAAUCCAUUAGCAUUCCCACUGAUCCACUGACCACUUGCUACACAAUCAGGUGGAAAUUGCUAAUGCAGUGCAAGAUCAUUCCAUGAUUUAUGCAGUGAAAUUUGAUUUUUAGAUUUAUAGAGCUGAUCAGUGUAUUGACAGUGCUGUGUGUUUGAUGGGUUGUUUGUACCCAUGACUAUAUCAUAUACCACCUUCAUUGACCAUAAAACUUCAGCCUAGUUGUGUCUUUUUUUUAUUUUGGGGGGAAAAAACAACAGUGUGUGAUUUGAAUAAAUGGAUUAAAUAUAGUUAUUGUGUUAAAAUAAAUUAUUUUCUUGUAUAAAUA